GCCAUGGCUGCUCUCGCUUCAUUCCUUCCUAACCCAGUAUAUGCUCCGACUGUCUCCGAUGAUGAGGACGAGCAACCACAAUUUGUCGCUUCUUCAACAACUGUUGUGACCAGACAGGCAGUCCCACCGUACGGCAAACGAAAAGGCUGGAAACCAACGUCUCAGUCAGACUACGGCGAUGGUGGUGCCUAUCCUGAAUGCCAUGUCGCACAGUAUCCUCUCGAAAUGGGCAAAAAGAAGGCUUCCUCCGGGAACACACUUGCAUUACAAGUCGAUGGUGAAGGAAACGUACGCUAUGAUGCUAUUGCACAGCAGGGUCAACGCGAGGGCAAGCACGUACAAUCACAAUUCAAGGAUCUUGUACCACUUUCACACCGGAAAGACCUCGAUGAAGCCGGACGUGCUAUGGAGCGCCCUUCAGAGGAUGAGGUGGCAGAAACUGCAGAACGUACCCGCCAAGCACUAGAGAAGCUCGUCACCGGAAAGAUCAAGUCCGCACAAGUGAAGAACGUUCCCGAUGGCCAGGGAAAAUCGUCGUUCAUUCGGUACACUCCCGGCCAGCAAGGAGGCUCCAAUGGACUUAAGCAGCGUAUCAUCAAAAUGACUGAGGUUGCGGAGGACCCUCUCGAACCGCCUCGCUUCAAGCACAAAAAGAUUCCUCGAGGUCCACCGAGUCCUCCACCUCCUGUUCUGCGUAGCCCGCCGCGAAAAGCCACAGCACAGGAGCAAAAAGAAUGGAUGAUCCCACCGUGUAUCUCAAAUUGGAAGAAUAACAAGGGUUUCACUAUUCCAUUAGACAAGCGUCUUGCCGCAGACGGCCGUGGUCUUCAAGAUGUCCAUAUUAACGAUAACUUUGCUAAAUUCUCUGAAGCGCUCUUCGUCGCAGACCGACAUGCGCGAGAAGAAGUAAGACAGCGUGCUCUUAUGCAACAGAAGCUUGCGCAGAAAGAAAAGGAGGCAAAGGAGGAGCAUUUGCGAUCUUUGGCACAACGAGCCCGAGAAGAACGCUCAGGAAUCCCUGCCCGACCAACUGCAGUGUCUACCACUGCUAUGAAAACAGGUUUGGCUGGAUAUGGCAGCGACAACGAAUCAGGUUCGGCAUCCGAAGCGGAAUCUGACCGAGGAGGGAGACGCAGUGAGGAGGACGAAGACAGCGCAGAAGACGAGGAAGCACGUCAAGUUCGUGACGAGAUGCGCUCAGCGAAGCGGCGCGAACGUGAACGUGAGAUGCGUAUGAGUAAUAUGGGUACAGAACAACGUGCGAAGAUGCUUGCGCGUCAGCAGAAUCGCGACAUUUCUGAAAAAGUUGCACUUGGACUUGCGAAGCCGACAAUGUCGAAGGAGUCGAUGCUUGACUCGCGAUUGUUCAACCAAGAGAGUCUAGCGUCCGGUUUUGCGGAUGACGAUGCGUACAACUUGUAUGACAGGCCGCUUUUCCACGGUUCGACGGCAGCAGCGGCGAUUUACAAAGCGCACGGGAAUAUGGCGGAGGGGAACGAAGACUCAUUUGGGGGCGGCACGGAAGAGGGUAUCGGGAAAGCGCUUGAUAAUGAUCGGUUCGGACUUGGGAAGGCGCGUGUCGGAUUCGAGGGUGCAGAGGAUCAGGAGGUCCGAGAGGGUCCUGUGCAAUUCGAGAAGGACACGACUGCCGACGUAUUUGGCGUGGACGAGUUUUUGGAUGAAGCGAAAGCCGGCAAGAAGCGGGGACUUGACACUUCAGCUGGUGGAGCUCGCAAACGGCAGCAGCUCGAACGGGCAUCGGAGCGAGAGUAGAAAUAAAUACACUGGAUAUUGUUUUACUUCUAUAAUUUCUUUUACAAUGCUGUAGUGUAGUGUCGUGUGCAUGAUGAC